UAAAAUAAAUAAAAUUAAUUAGUGACAUAAAAAAAUGAUUGGUAAUUUGACGACGUGUUUUCGUUCAACAAGUACAAUAAGGAAUAAUUUUUUUUUAAAAAACAUUUAUAACCCAUCAAAAAUUUCUAUUCAAACAUUGAGAAGUAAAAAAAUUAAAAAAUUACUUUUAACAGAUUAUGGUAAAAGAGAUGCCAAAAGAUCAGUUAGUUUUGAACCAAUACCAUGUUUGAGAGAAGAGCUUUUGUGUAAGGUAUCAAAUCCAACACGAGAUGGAGCAAGCAAAGUAACGAUAGUAGGUGCUGGUGCUGUAGCAGUGGCAUGUGCAAAUGCAAUACUUUUUCAGAAAAUAAGCAGUCAUGUUGCAAUAGUCGAUGCAUUUCCAAAAAAAUUAGAAGGUGAAGGAAUGGACUAUCGUCAUGGAUCAGUAUUUCUUGAUGAUGCGCGAAUUGAAUACGACACAGAUUUUUGUGUAUCACAUAAUUCCAAAGUCGUGAUAAUAGCAGCUGGUGUACGUCAAAUAAAAGGGGAAACACGACUCGAUCUUGUUCAACGAAAUGCUGAUAUUAUCAAAAAUAUUGUUCCUCCACUUGUUGAACACAGUCCAAAUGCUGUUUUUAUUAUUGUCUCAAAUCCAGUUGAUAUUCUUAGUUGGGUAACAUGGAAAGUAAGUGGUCUUCCAGCUCAUAAAAUUAUUGGUUCUGGUUGUCAUUUGGAUACCGCAAGAUUUCGCUACAUGAUAGCAGAAAGAAUUGGUGUUGCGGCAAAAUCAGUUCAUGGAUUUGUCAUCGGUGAACAUGGUGAUACACAGGUGCCAUUAUGGUCAGGUGUUAAUAUUGCUGGUGUACUUUUUCGUGAUAUUUUGCCAAAUGUUGGUCUCGAAUUAGACGAAGAGGGCUGGAAUGAAAUGUUCAAGGAUGUUAUCCGAGCUGGUCCUACAGUCAGAUGUCUGAAGGGAUAUUCAAAUACAGCGGUUGGUUUGUCAGUUGCAGACAUCACCAAGGCCAUUCUCAGAAAUACCCAUGGGGUCAAGUCCAUCUCAACUCUUGUACAAGGACAUCAUGGUAUUUGUCAUGAAAUAUAUCUUUCAUUACCAUGUGUUAUUGGUGAAAAUGGUGUUACAGAAAUUAUCAGAAUGAGAUUAACUGAGUAUGAAAAAAAAUUACUACAAAAUUCAUCGGAGGUCAUUCACAAUAUUCAGAAGGACAUUAAACCGACUUAACUUUCGUUAUUGUUUUUUGUAAUUACAAGGAUGCAUGUCACCUUUUUCUUUGAAUUUUCCAAAUUAAAAAAUAUAAAUUUUUAAAAUACUAUUUAAAGAAGAUUUCAUUUGACUUACAAGGUUGAUAUUUAUGUUUUUUUUUUUGAAUUAUUUAUACGUGUUAGUUAAUAAAAAAAUAAUUUUAAUUUUUUUUCAAUUGCACAAUUUAAUUGAUUUACUAAGUUUGUAAAUAAUUGACAAUUAUAUGAUGAAUUAAUGUUUUUCAAGUUUAUUUUUUUAAAUUAAUUUUAAAUUGUUGUAAAAAUGGAAAUUUGUAUUCUGAUGAUGAUUACAACAGUGGCUGGAAAUGACCGUGGAUUGAGCCUGAGGCUAGGCCGCGACAAGGUGAUCUGACAAUACGGAAAAUCACCACAGGGUGGCGUGGUGAUAAUUACAAUUAUAAUUUAUUUAAUUAUUUUAUAUAUUUUAAAAAUUUACCUUAAAAAAAUUAUUAAUUUAUUGAAUUUAAAUCCCAGGUAGAUGAAAAAGUGAUUUAUUUGUUUUUUUUUUUUAAUUUAAAAAAGAGGAAAGAAAAAUUGUAUUUAAAAUUUUCUUAAUCUAAUUUUCCACAGCCUGUUUCCCUUUUUUUUUUUUUAAAUAUUUUUUAAAUUAGGUAAACUUUCAUAACCAUUAUGUGACUACUUUAUUUUAUUUUUUAAUAGUCAUUGUGUGGUUUAAAAAUAUAAAUUUUCACCAUUAGCUUUCCAAUCGUAACUUAAAUUGAAAAUAUAUUUUUUAUUUUUUGAUUUUUAUUUUGGACUAUUAAUAUUUUAAAAAUCAAUUUCUAAGUCAAUAUAAAUAAUUUAAUUGUUUAAUAUUUUGAAAAAUGAAUUUAUUUAUAAAUAAAAAAAUGAAUAAAUAAACAAUUAAUCAAAAUAAUUUAGAAAAAAAAAAAAACAUAUUUAUUCAAUCAAUUAAUUAUUAAUAUUUUAGAAAUAAAUUUUCAAUAAAAUUUGAAA